GUAUGGAGCAAUAUUCAGGACUAGUUUGGUGGGAAGACCAGUUGUGAUAUCCACAGAUUCUGAUCUUAAUUACUUCAUUUUCCAACAAGAGGGACGUUUGUUCCAAAGCUGGUAUCCAGAGACCUUCACCGAGAUCUUUGGGAAGCAGAAUGUGGGGUCCUUACAUGGUUUCAUGUACAAGUACCUCAAGAACAUGGUGCUCAAUCUCUUUGGUCCUGAAAGCCUCAAAAAGAUGCUUCCUGAAGUUGAACAAGCGGCAAAUGGAAAAUUACGACAAUGGUCGAACCGGGGUGUGAUCGAAUUGAAAGAAGCAACUGCAAGGAUGAUAUUUGACUUGACAGCUAAGAAACUGAUCAGUUAUGAUCAAGAGAAAUCGUCGGAGAAUCUACGGGAAAAUUUUGUUGCAUUCAUCCAGGGUUUAAUCUCUUUUCCUUUGAACAUUCCUGGAACAGCUUACAACAAAUGUUUAGAGGGUCGAAAAAGGGCAAUGAGAAUGCUGAAGAAGUUGCUACAAGAAAGAAGGGAAAACCCCAAAAAGCAGCAAAGUGAUUUUUUUGACUAUGUCCUUGAAGAACUUCAGAAGGAGGGAACAAUUCUCACUGAGGCAAUUGCUUUGGAUCUAAUGUUUGUUCUUCUCUUUGCCAGCUUUGAAACAACUUCCUUAGCCUUGACUUUAGCCGUUAAGUUUCUCACUGACCAUCCUCUCGUGCUAAAGAAGUUGACG